GCGCUUAAACCAAUCAGCGUCUUGGGUAGGCGGGGAGAGCCAAAACGCAAGAGCAAUCUUUCUACAAUUUACCAGAGAGAAGCCGCCGGUAACGUGCGAAUUAACGGAGGAAACAAUGACGCGACUUGUUAAAGAUUCGGGAUAGCGUUAUAAAAGUGUUUAAAGUAACGUAAAACCGUUUAGAGCGUUACAACUCGGUAAUUAUGUUUGAAAACAGGCUCACCUGCAACUCGCGCACCAGUUUGGAGAGAUGUCAUUCAAACAAACCGACCAAGCGGUUAGUUUCAUGAGGUGUAAUUAGCCGAACAUCUUCAUGAGGCAUUAUUAGCCGAAGUAUCUUUAUUGAGAUAUAAGCCAAUUGUCUUUCCCGAGGUAACUUACACUAUUAUUAACCGAGCAGGUAUUAUUAUUCAGUGUCUUUACCUGAGGCAGUACGUUAUUAGCGGAGCAUCUUUCCCGAGGUAACGUAGUUUUCGAGCAUCUUUCAUGAGGUAUUAUUAACCGAGCAUCUUUCAUGAGGUAUUUUUCGGCCAUUCAUGUGUUAUUUUUAACCGAGCAUCUUUCAUGAGGUAGCUUUCGACCAUGUCGACGGAAAUAAGUCUGCACGAGCUGCUGGAUCUCUCCAUCGGCACUCCGGACGCCGGCUCGGUGAACUUCGGCGCCCUGCACGCGUUACUGCGCGCCAUCCUGGGCCACCUGAAGAUCGAGAGGCUCACCACCAGCUUUAAAGAGCUGAGCAUGGACCACGACGGCUCCACACAGACCAAAGCCCUGAUGCUGGAGCCCUCGAGCUCGCAGCGGCUGCCCGAGGAGAGGCUGCGGCGGCUGGAGGAGCAGAUGUGCGCGCUGGAGGAUCUGCCGAGCGCCGCCGAGCUCAUGGGCUCCGACAAGGCGCUCAGUGACCUGUGGAGCAUCAUGCAGAUCCGCAGGAAAGCGCAGGGAAACGAGGAUGGGGUGUCCAAGUGUAUGGCCUUAAUCCAAGACCUGCUGAAGGAAAUCCAGGCACUCAAAGAGUCCAGAGACGACCUGAGGCAGGAGGUGACGGCUCUGAAUGGUCAGCUCAGCCAGCUGAACGUGAAUGAGUUGGCGGAGCGUAUCGUGGCUAUGGAGCAGUUCUGUCAACAGGUUGAAAAUCUGGAAAACUCUGCGAAAGAGCUGAAGGAUAAAAUGGCGCAGUACCCCAGUCCAGAGGAGCUGACGCAGUGUGUGACAUGGGAAGUGAUGCAGGCUGCGCUCAUCAGCGAGAAUCCGAAAACCCAGGAGGGUCUGCACGCUGCUAAACACACCGAACCCGUUCACCCUUCGAGCCUAGGGAGCCAAGGUAAUAUGCAUUCGCCUUCCAAUGCAUCUGAUGGGGCGCUGUGCGCUGGGAUGGGCCGACAAAUGUCACGAAUCAGCAUUGGGGCUGAGCGCUACCCAGAGACUGUCGGGGCUCUGAUGGAUUUGGCCAGACUGAAAGACAGGCAAGAGAGUGUGGAGGCCCGUGUGGCGCAACUGCAGGCAAACAAGGCCGAUCUGAGCCAGCUUCAACAUCUGCAUGAUCUCCUCACUGCCAUAGAGCAGAAGCAGAUUCCCGAUCAUGUGCCAGAACAGCUGAAUCAUCUGAGGACUCUUGUGGACAGUCUUCUAGCUGAUAAAGAGAAGAGCACUGGUCUGCUGCGUGACGUCCAGGAAUCCAUGCUGCAACUCCAGGCCGAGUUUGAGAAACUCCACAGCACAUCAAACCACCUGAUGGAGGAACACCACAACAAGCAGACCCACAUUGAUCAUCUCUACAAAAUUGUGGAGGAAUUGGGUGUGAAGAAAGCUGACAAGGAGCUGGUGGAGAUGGAGAUUGAAAUCAAAGCAGAUAAACAGGCUCUGGACAACAAGGUGAGCAGCAUGCAGUUCGACAGCAUGACUGAACAGCUCAAUAACAUGCUGCAGGAGCUGCUCAGUAAGAUCACUGGUCAGGAGCAGGACUGGAACAAGGUCAUCGAGAAGAUCUCCACCGAAAUGGACUCCAAGCUGAACCGCAUAGAGUUGGAUCCUCUGAAGAAACAGCUGGACGACCGCUGGAGGACCAUCCAUAAGCAGCUGCAGACGCCUCAGAUGCCCGAGCAGGAAGACGCCGCCGGAAUUAGGAAACAAUUAGUGGCCCGCUUUCACUGCAUCUCCUGUGACCGUCCAGUGGAAAUGAUGACGCCAGGACAGCACCUGAUGUCUCUUCCAUCGGCUCCGGGUCUGCCGUCACACAAGUCCAGCCGGCCGUACACUGUCUAUGAGCUGGAGCAGGUGCGACAACACUGCAGGAGCGAGAGGAUCCCGGAAAUGGCGGACUACAGUUACCUGUCCCGCAGCUGUGGAGGCAGCCACACGCUCACCUACCCCAGCCGCCGAUACACACGCCUGCAGCACAUCACACACCUGAUCCAGAGCCAGGAGGAGAGCCGGCCCGUGUCCACCGGCCCACCAGCACAGGCUGCAGAGGUGAACAUCCUGGGCUUGAAUGGGCAGGUUUACAAGGGCCGAAUGAACAGCAGAGCAGUGCGGCUCCCGGAGUCACGACUACCCAACAUCUCUCCUCGAGAAGGUCAGUGGAGGAGCAGAGAGAAAACAUCGAGCCGCGGCCCGUCACAGAGAUCCAGUGCAGCGAGUCCUGCUCGACCUCACAGCGCCAUGACCAAAGCCAGCCGCUCAGCGUCCAGCAGCUUGGUCAGGGAUCGGCCCACGUCCUCCAUGGGCUGCCUUUCCCAGGACGUCCCACUCCAGUCUCCUGUCCAAAGAGAAGCUCUGGAGCUCCACAAGGACCUCGGCCAAUCAGAGGACGAGCCAGUGACAUCACUCUAGAGCUCGUCCAAUCACAGUGGCUCUGGGUUUGAAUGACAUGUUUAUAGAAGUGCAGGAGGAUUUCUAUUUUAAUACUGAAGGGUUCCUUGUCAAGAGGAGGUGUAAGAGUGAAUGUGUUCACGCACAGCUCAGAUUAAAUACGUUAAAUAUUAAUGUGUGCUUUCACAUCCUUAAACAGACCGUCUGAAGUGAAGACCUCUUGACAAUUUCUUUCCCUCAGAGGCCGGCACACUUCACAGGACUUUUGAGCAUCUCAGCACAUCCACACAUACAGUGAACUAAAUAACGGGAAUAUCCCAAAUAUCAGUCUAUUUUUCAGCAUGGACAUUUCUCAAAACAUCUCCUUUUAUAUUCCACCUAUAAUAAUAAGACCUAUUGGGUUGGGAGGUUGUCCUGAAUCUUCAUCUGAUCAGGUUUACAACAUCAGCACAUUUUAGUAUAUAGGGAAAAGAGCAGCAUAGACAUUUCUCAAAACAUCUCCCUUUAUAAAAAAAAAAAAAAAAAAGGCCUAUUUGGUUGGAACGCUGUCCCGAAUGUUCAUCUGAUCAGGCUUACAUUAGUAUAUGGAAAAGAGCAGCAUGGACAUUUCCCAAAGCAUCUCCUUUUGCAUUCCUCCUAUAAUAAGACCUAUAUGUUUGGAACAUUGUCCCGAAUCUUCAUCUGAUCAGGCGUAUAUCAGCACAUUUCAGUAUAUGGACAAGAGCAGCACGGACAUUUAUCAAAACAUCUCCUUUUGCGUUCCACCUAUAAAAACUAGACCUAUUGGUUUGGAAAGUUGUCCUGAGUCCUCAUCGCACAUUUGAGUAUAUGGAAAAGAGCAGCAUGGACAUUUCUCAAAACAUCUCCUUUUGUAUUCCACCUAUAAUAAUAAGACCUAUUGGGUUGGGAAGUUGUCCUGAAUCUUCAUCUGAUCAGGUUUACAACAUCAGCACAUUUUAGUAUAUAGGGAAAAGAGCAGCAUGGACAUUUCUCAAAACAUCUCCCUUUAUAAAAAAAAAAAAGGCCUAUUGGGUUGGAACGCUGUCCCGAAUGUUCAUCUGAUUACAUUAGUAUAUGGAAAAGAGCAGCAUGGACAUUUCCCAAAACAUCUCCUUUUGUAUUCCACCUAUGAUAAUAAGAUCUAUUGGUUUGGGACGUUGUCCUGAAUCUUUAUUUGAUCAGGCGUACAUCAGCACAUUUCAGUAUAUGGACAGGAGCAGCAUGGACAUUUCUCAAGACAUCUUUUUCAUGUUCAAUCUAUAAAACUAAGAUCUAUUGGUUUGGGAAAUUGUCCUGAAUCUUCAUCUGACCAGGCUUACAUCAGCACAUUUCAGUAUAUAGGGAAAAGAGCAGCAUGGACAUUUCUCAAACAAUUUCCUUAUUGUUGUCUACCUAUAAUAAUGAGACCUAUUGGGUUGGGAAGUUGUCCUGAAUUUUUUAUGGCACAUUUCAGUAAAUGGAAAAGAGCAGCA